AUGUUCGGACUUGGCGUCUUCGCAUUCUCACUGUGCUUGCUCGCCUCGGGUACUCCACUGUCUGACAAUAGGAAGGUUCUUGCGAGGAGAGACACACCGCCGGCUGGCUAUACCUUGACUAGACCUGCGUCUCCUGACACUCUGCUCAAGCUUCGCAUUGCGCUUGUACAAAGUAACCCUGCCGGGUUAGAAGAAGCUCUCUAUGACGUCAGCACUCCCACGAGUCCGAACUAUGGCCAGUUCUUGACCAAGGACGAGGCUGCAAGUUAUGUCGCCCCUUCCCCUGAGACGCAAACGGUUAUCAAUGCGUGGCUGGAACAGAACGACAUCAGUGCAACAGCCUUAACUCCGGCUGGUGAUUGGCUUGGCUUUCAGAUACCUGUCGGCAAAGCAAACGAGCUCUUCGAUGCUGCGUACAGCGUUUACACACACGAAGGCGCAGGGAAGGAAACCAUAAGAACAUUGUCUUACUCGAUCCCCCAAGAGCUAGAGGGUCAUCUCAGCGUGGUGUAUCCAACGACAACGUACUUGCCUACAUUCUCGGCGUCGUACUCCUUCCCCAAGUCAUUAGGGCAAGCUGACGAUGCAACAGUCAAUCCCUCAUGUAUCAAUACAAUAACACUAUCGUGCCUGCAGGCCCUCUACGGAAUCCCUACCACCCCUGCUACGGAGAAAUCUAGCAGAAUCGCCGUGGCUGGUUUUGACGAUCAGUGGGCCAACGAGGCCGAUCUGAUGACUUUCCUGAAGACGUACCGACCGGAUAUGUCAGAUACUACAACGUUCACGCUGCAGGACCUGGACGGUGGAUCAAACAAUCAAACCCCAGCUGAUGCUGGCGUGGAGGCUAACCUGGACAUACAAUAUACCGUUGGUAUCGCUACUGACGUUCCAACUUUAUUCGUCUCAGCCGGAUACGAUAACCAUGAUGGCGAUCUCGACGGCUUCCUGGAUAUGGCCGAUCUCCUGCUAAAUGAGGACUCGCCUCCACAGGCAUUUACGACCAGCUAUGGUCCAAACGAGGAUGACGUGCCAAUUGGCCUAUCAUACAAUCUCUGUAAUGCGUAUGCUCAAUUGGGUGCUCGUGGUGUCUCUGUGUUGUUUGCUUCCGGAGAUGGAGGCGUCUCGGGUACGCAAUCGAGUAACUGCACCGAAUUCGUGGUACCCUUCCCUGAUGGGUGCCCCUUCAUGACAAACGUUGGGUCCACCACAGGCAUCAGUCCUGAGAUCGGUGCUUUCUUCUCAUCAGGCGGGUUCUCGAACUACUAUGCUCGUCCUUCGUAUCAGGAUGCUGCCGUCACGGCCUACUUCAACUACCUCGGCGAUACGUACCAGGGUCUGUACAACGCCUCUGGGCGUGCGUUCCCAGACGUCGCGACUCAGGGCAUCAACUUCACCGUCGUGAUCGACCAGGAGUUCUAUGCCGUCAGUGGAACAAGCUGCUCGAGCCCUACGUUUGCAUCCGUCGUUGCGCUGCUCAACAACGAACUCAUAUCUGCGGGCAAAUCGCCUCUCGGCUUCUUGAAUCCGUGGCUGUACUCGACGGCGUCAACAGCAUUCAAUGACAUCACCGAAGGAAACAAUCCCGGUUGUGGGACGGAUGGAUUCUAUGCGAUAGCUGGCUGGGACCCGGUCACUGGGUGGGGGACCCCGGACUAUGCGAAACUGAAGACUGCAGCAGGUCUAUGA